CCGCAAUAUAUAAAGACGACGUAACGUGCAGUCGACAUGUUUGAGUUCAACUUUUAUCCGGAUACUAAAAAGGAAGAAAGAAAAAGUGACAGUACUGUAGUGUAUUCAGACUCGGUGCAGUCUUUUACUUUAGACGAUGGUAACGAAAAUGUCUUGAACCUACGUAUAAAUGUGCAGGAAGUUUCAAACGAUUUGAGAUUGUACUAUAUUGAUCAGAACGCACUCGAAGAUUAUCUGCGAGGACUUCAAAAUGAUCAACAGGAAGAACUCAGUGUAUUUGGUGCUGUUCAAACUCAUGAAGAUGUCAAGCCUGGUCUCAUCGAAGGCGGAUUUACUUUGUGGGAUGGUAGCCGGGAUCUUGUUCAUUAUAUUUUCAAACACUUUAUGCAAAAACUAAAUGGUAAGAACGUAUUAGAAUUGGGCUGUGGGUGUGGACUACCUGGUAUAUUGGCUGUCAAGGCUGGUGCUCGCUUUGUAAGAUUUCAGGACUAUAAUUCUGAAGUCUUGAAGUGGUGGACAAUCCCUAAUGUAAAUAUCAAUUUAAAGUCACACAAUGAAGCAGGAAACCACGGAGAACGAAGUACUUUGGAGUUUUUUAGUGGUGACUGGUGUCAUCUAUCGCGCUCUUGGCAGCUGAACAAUGACGUGAAGUUCGAAUACAUAUUUACUAGUGAGACAAUUUACCGUUCAGAUUUGUAUGAAAGACUACAUGAAAUACUCGAAACCACUUUAAGUCGAAAUGGAAUUGUAUUAUUAGCUUGCAAAGCUUCUUAUGGACCGGGAGGUAGCAUGUUUGAUUGGCUAAAUUUUAUCGAAGAUCAAGGUGUGUUUCAAGCUACUGUUUGCGAAAUAACGAACUCCGGGGCAAUAAGAUACGUGGUACAGAUGACAAGAUUGUAAAUUCUCUUUUAAUUUUUGUACAUUUACUGUGAUCCGAAGCAUCACACAAAAAUAUGUUGCCGUUGUUUUGCGUUUAUUAGGAAAAACGACAGUAAAUUGUAUCGUAAAGAUAACUAUCACUCUUUGUAUAUAAUUUUAAUGCAAUUAUGAUGUCAUUAGAUACAUUUGUUGAAAUAUUUUCAGAUGUUGUUUAGCUCAGAUUCUUAUUUGUAUUUGUUUUAUGGGUACUAAUAUUCUCGGUCUAUCAGCGACAAGCAUGUGAGAUGUAUGAUAGGUUCAUUUAUCAGUUUAAACCGAUAUAGGAUCCCUUUUCGCUUACAUUCAAUGCGUAAAGUACACUAGAUAU